AGGCUAGCGCUCCUCACACUCUCUUCAGUCAUCUCAGAGCUGACCACAGCGCAGUGCUCUCCCCCCCCCCGCUUUCCUUUUAGCCCCUGCCGUUUCGGGCUCGGCGCCCCCCCGCUCCUCUCCGCCGCCGCCGCCUCCAUCGACCCCUCCCCCCUUCAGAGGAAGCCUUGGAUUGGCAUGAGCGAGCCAUGGAGGAGGUAGGCAAGGAGAACAGCAACUCCUCCUGCAAGCGCCUGCGCGGAGCAACAGGCGGCAGCGGUGGCGACUCGUCGGCGGUGGCAUGGAGGACGUCCCGGGUGGCGCGUGCGGCUGCCGGUGGCAAGGACAGGCACAGCAAGGUGGUGACCUCACGCGGCCUCCGGGACCGCCGCAUCCGGCUCUCCGUGCCGACAGCGAUCCAAUUCUACGACAUCCAGGACCGCCUCGGCGUCGACCAGCCCAGCAAGGCCAUCGAGUGGCUCAUCGGCGCCGCCGCCUCCGCCAUUGACGCUCUACCGUCGCUGGACUGCUCCUUUGCCCUCCCUGCCGCUGCUUCCCCGCCGGCAGCUGCUGAUGAUGCUGAAGUAAGCACCUCGGAGACCAGCAAGGGCUCCGUGCUCUCCCUUGCCAACGGCCCCAGCGACAACAAUGGCAGCGCAGCUCACCAGGCCAAUAAUGCUUACAAUGGCAACACCUCUCACCAAGCCAAUGCUUACAAUGGGGGUAGUGCCAGCGGCGCGUUCGCCGAGCUCCUGCAUUGCUCCGCCGACAAGGCAAUGCAGCAGCAGCAGCCGACGCUUGCCUACUAUGCCGCCCAGAGCUCGCACGUGUCGCCCAUGUCCUUUGAGAUGAUGCCACAGGCCACCUUCUCUCAGGAGCAGCACCACCAACGCCACCAUGCAGCGGUCGCCUUCGACCGGAGCACACUUCAGUCCAAUGCCGUCGCCGCGCCGCUGUGGCCGCCGUCCCAGCACCCGUUCCUGAUGCCCCGAUUCUCCGCUGCUCCAGGCGAAGCCUCAUCCAUGAUGCAUUCCUUCUUUCUUGGAGGCGGCGGCAGUACUGCUGCUUCGGCGGCCCCCAGUGCGGGGGAGCGGAGGCUGCAGCUUUGGGACUUCAAGGAGGAAAGGAAGACAUGAUUACUUCUUAGAGAGAGUUGCCUGCAACUUUGUUUGGUGGAGUAUCAUGAUCCAUCAGCAGAAGCAAAUCCAGGACAGAAGAACAUGCCAGCCACUGAAGAUGUUGGUGCCAUGAAGACGCGUCGAAAACAGACCCAUCACUUGAAUUUUUUCCAUCUUUUAUCAGCGCGAUUUUCAUCUGCCAUCGUUUUUCUCUAAUGGUCUAUGGUUUGUUCCCCUGACCUCUGUUGUGGGGAUCUGAAAUCAAAUGUUUUUGGGUUGUUGUAACUUUGGUAAUUUAACCCAGCAACUGACAUGGGAGACGAUACUUAUUACUUCCUCCUUUUUCCGCGAGAACAAUGAAAUGCUUCCUUAGAUGCCCAACAUUCCUUGAGAAAUUAUCUGA